AUGAUCAACAAGCACCUAUUCAAGCCACGCCAGCAAUUUAAAAUACUAGUUCAGUCGAGAAGCCUUGCAACUCAACUCAAUCCCCAUCCAUUUACCCCCAACGGACCAGUAAAUAGCUCGAAGGAGCACAAGGAUGGUGAUAUACGCAAUGACUGGAAUAGGAAUGAUAUCCAGGCUAUAUACCAACAGCCUCUCCUCGAAUUGGUUUACAGAGCAGCCAGCGUACACCGCAUGUACCACGAGCCUGGAAAGGUUCAGCUGUGCACUCUUAUGAACAUCAAAACUGGCGGUUGUUCAGAAGACUGUAGCUAUUGCUCUCAGUCUAGCAGAUACAGUACUGGCACUGAGGCUGGAAAGCUACUCGCUUUAGAUCCUGUCAUUCAAGAAGCUAAGCGCGCUAAAAAUGCGGGUUCUACCCGUUUCUGUAUGGGCGCAGCUUGGAGAGAUGUAGGCGGUCGCAAGCGUGGUUUCGAUAGAAUCUUGGCCAUGGUUAGGGAGAUCAAGGGUAUGGGUAUGGAAGUCUGCACCACGCUUGGUAUGCUCUCGUCUGAGCAAGCUAUAGCUUUGAAAGAUGCCGGCCUCACUGCAUACAACCAUAACUUAGACACUUCAAGAGAAUACUACCCGGAGGUCAUCACAUCUCGUUCAUACGAUGACAGGUUGAGCACUAUCUCAAAUGUCAGAGACGCAGGAAUCAGCGUCUGCUCAGGUGGUAUUCUCGGUCUUGGUGAGCAGCAAGAUGACAGGGUUGGUUUGAUCUGGGAACUCUCCCGUCUCCCUGAACAUCCAGAGUCUUUCCCUGUCAACGCACUCGUUCCAAUAAAGGGCACACCAUUGGAAAACAACACCCCGGUUGCAGUUGAGGAGGUCGUCAGAACGAUCGCAACAGCUAGAAUCGUCAUGCCAAAGUCAAUUGUCAGAAUAGCAGCAGGAAGAAAGAUGUUUACUGAUGCUGAACAAGCAAUGUGUUUCAUGUCAGGUGCUAAUGCCAUCUUCUCAGGCUACAUGCUUACUACAGACGGUGUCGAGAAAGAUCAGGACGCUGAGCUGUUUGAAAAGUGGGGCCUUCAACCAAUGAGACCUUAUGAGAAUGUCGAAGACACCUACGAAAACAAAAUCCAAGCUGCUCCUUCUCCACUCCAACAAACUCAACAAGCUUAA